GAUAAUGAGACUCCUUCUGCUUUAACUUUGGCCCAGAAAGUACAAAGUUUUUCAACCACACCCACUGUCGGUCGCUGGUGUCCGAGAGCAACGGAACAAGAGAUCCGCCAGAAGAUCAUGGAUCUCCAACUGCUAAUGAUGUCACAGGGGCAGAGUGAAGAUCACAACACCCACAGGCUGGCAGAGCUCACUCAAAACCUGCAGAUUGUGAAAAAGCAGUCAUGGGAGUGGAGGAGGGAACAGUCGAAGAAGAUAAAGGGCAAAACACAGAUUCAGCAAAGUGGUCGGAGCCCAAAUGGCAGCAGGCCCAGCAGUGAUUACAGAGAGAGCACUGAUGCAAUACAGUAUUUACAGGACCAGCUGAAAGUAGAAAUGGAAGAGCAUAUCAGAGAGGGGAGAGGGGACGCAGAGAAAGUCCAGGAGAGAGUAGCAAGAAUCCAGGAGCUGAAGGAGGCUCUGAGAGAGGAGACACUAAGAAACAGCAAAGAUAAAUCUGACCUCUGUCAACAGUUUAAUGAUCAUUCUCAGAUGGAGUACAAUAAAGCAAAGGAGCGAAGGCGGCAACUGAAGGAAGAUCACGGGAGAUUAAUCCAUGAGGAGGUGGAGAAGAUGGAGAGAGACUUGGCAAAGGAAGAGCUACCGCCAGAAGGACCCCAGAGGGAGCUGCUGGUGCUGACCAGAGAGAGGCGGGUCCUGGUGCUACAGAUGGAGGCCUUACGCAUGGAGGCCCUGCAGGCUGAGACAGAUCUGCAGGAACAGUAUCACAGGCACCAAAAGGAGCUGAGUUGUCUGAGGGAGGAGAGUCUACAGGUGUUCAGAGUGUUUCGUCAGGUAAAUGAGGAGCACAGGAAGAUGUCGGAGAGCAGAUACAGAUGUUUGCUGCUGGAGGCUGUGCAGGACGCUGUCUACCUCUCUGCCCAGAACCAGCAGCUGCAGACUGACAACAAACAGCUCCACAAAGCACUGGGAGAGUUAAAGGACGCUCUAGCAGUGAGAGUUGACUCUCCAGCUGAACAGCAGCUCUCUCAAUAACAAUGCAAAUACAGUACAGUGCAAAAGUCUCAGGCCAAAUGUGUUGUUUUAGUACUGCUAUAAUGACCAAACAGUAUACAAAAAAACAGAUUCUACAGGUUUAAGUGUGAUCUUACCCUUAAUUAAUGUUACUGGUAAAACCAGUAACCUGCAUUUGAUCUACUAUUUCAUGUCGUGAAAUAUCUGUUGUGAAAAAGGACUAUUGCACCAGGUGUAGGGGCCCUUCUGAUAAUUUAUCCUGAUUAUCAGGUGUUGUUAGACUUUUUUCUGCUUGCUUGUUGUGGUUAUAGUGAUGGUGCACAGGGAGUCUUUUUAAGGGUUCACUGAUCAUGUAUGGAUGAUUGCAUGUUUUUUUUUUUACCGCUAUAUAGGUUUACAAAAAUUACAUCACCAGUUUAUCCACCUUGAACAAAGGGAAUUCCACACAAAGACCAGGUUUGCCUGGACAUCCAUUCAUUGAAGCACUUCCCCCACACCCAGCCGAGUGGCUAAAAUCAGGACUGAUGUCACUCCACCAGGUUUAUUGAGCAUUAAAUACACAUGCUGUAUGAGAUAAACUCAUUGACAGCUUGCUAAUACAUAUAUGGCCAACUUUCAGUCACAUCAUUCCAAUGCAAAUACCAAUGACCACAGUAUUGGACAGACAUAAA